CUUUAUUUUUUAGAAAACGAGGCUUGCUUCCCUCCCGCGGCGGCUCCGAUGCUUCCUCCGCCUCGCUAAACAGAACAGUAAAAGUGAAGCCAUAAGUAGAAGAAAAGGAAGCAGGAAGAGCAGGGUAAGAAGAAGAAGAAACAGAGUGGCAGUGGCAGGAUUUUUCCCUGGAAUAUGAAAUCAUUUUCCUCCUCUUCUUCCUCGUCAAAUUCAUCAUCUUAUUCGUCUUGUUCGUUGCCGGUGAAGAAGAAGGGCGGUCGGAUAGCUGGGAGAUCGAGUUUAAGAGGGUAUCUCUGCUUGGCGUUUGGGAUGGAGUGGAAUUUCCCGGUGAGGAGUAUGGAUCUCAAAGAUAUAAAGCGACGGCAGAGCCGCCGGAGCUCCAUCAGCCUUGAUUUUGAUGUUUCGACAUCAUCGACGUCGUCUUCGAUGCUGCCGGAUGAUAAAUCCACCGCCGUCGGUGCUAAAUCUGGAAAGGGUUUGUGGUGUUGAUCAGGGUCUUGGCCGGCGCCUGUCCUUGGAGUUCUGCCAAUCGGAAUUGGCAGCGGCGGUGGUGGAGGCGGAGGGGCGCAGCCGAUGAAGAAGAGCAGGGAUUUUGAUUUUACUAUGGAGGUGUGGGUUCAACAUUUUCUGGUUUUACUAUGGGUAAAUCAAUAAAUCACCCCUCUCUCAUUUGGCAGAGCCAGAGAUUGCGGGAAGCAAGUCUCGUUUUCUAAAAUAAAGAAAUUAGGUUUUUUUAUGAAUUAGGUUUUUUAUUUUUUAAUGAAUGUAAUAAUGAGGU